GUGGCUGCAGGACUUAAGCCCAAACGUAAGGAAGAAGUCAUAGUUGAAGAACGGAUUCCCGAAUGUACCGAAAAGUUCGAGAUAGAUUUUUACAAUGGUGACUUACAUCUGAAAGGAGCGCCCGACAAUGAUUGGAUAAUUGAUCCGGAUAAUCAGGAUGGCCUGGCUCUUAUUUGGGGUGGUGUAAGGAGCACCCAUGGGAUCUUUCCUCCGUGUCGGAACAACCCAGAAUCGGAUUCUGAUUGUGCUAAUGAAAAUUUGCGAUCUAUAGUAUUUCAAGUGAAGAUCACGGAGCUAUUACCGACAAGGCAUUUACCAUUUGAUGAGCUGGACCCUAACGAUAUUCGCGUUGGCUUCUCCUUUCGCUCUUCACCGCUUGUGCUAGGAGAGUUUCCGGGAUCAUACUGCUGUACAUCGCUGGGAAAACGAGCGAACAACAAUGUUUUCACUGACUAUGGCGAUUCUUUUGGAGUUGGAGAUGUGGUGACGGCAGAACUGGAUUUCGAAAAAGCCACUAUCAGUUUUUGGAAGAACUCCGAAUGUAUGGGAGUGGCUUUUUCCAAUGUGGUAAUCCCCGAAGAUGAAGCGGUUUAUCCACACAUAUGUGUAAAGAAUUGUCGGGUAUCUGUCAAUUUUGGCACAUUCCCCGGAGGCGAAGAAGAGUGGAUAAAACGUCCUGAAUGGACUUUUCCAAACUCUCUUCCGAGCACACAAACUGAGCGUGCUCCCGUUCCACCAGAUAGUAAAUCAGAUUGCACUGUGCUCAUGAUGGUGAGUUUAUUUAUGGAUGUAAUAUUCUUUUGA